AAUCCUUUUGUUCGCAUUGGUCUGCCUGAUGAAGAGUCCGCUGUCAAAAUUUUAAGUAGAUCAGUCUUAAUAAGAUCAAUUAUCGAUGUGUGGGCGCAAAGCACUACGUAUACAGAUUUAUUUACUCAAUUAAAAAAUUUAUCCGAAGAGAAGCUGACGCGGUUCUAUAAGGACGAUUACACCUUUAGUAUCAGGAUAGAAUCAUUUAAUAAGAAAGUUCCUUUUUCCCAGCAAAAGGACUUACUUAUGAAACUAGAUUUUUUGCCAUUUGGUGGUUCUGUGAAGCUAAAACAGCCUGACUUUACCUUUUAUUUAUUGCAAGAUUUUGGAGAUGACUGUAAUCAGCCACGAGAACAGCCUUCUAGAUUAUUUUUUGGUCGUUUAAUUGGUUUCGGCCAACGAGAUAUACUACGAAACUAUAAAGUUACUGAAAGAAAAUAUAUUGGUAACACAUCUAUGUCAGCAGAAUUAUGCUUCCUUAUGGCGAAUCAAGCUUUGGCAAGAUCCCUAAUAUAUGAUCCUUUUGUUGGGACUGGUAGCAUAACUUUAGCUUGUGCUCAUUUUGGUGCUUUUACACUUGGUGCUGAUAUUGAUCCCAAUAUACUUCACGGGAGAGGUCGUUCAUCAAGAGCUAAAGGACCGAAGUUUAGAGGACCGGAUGAGAACGUCUAUGCGAACUAUUGCCAAUAUAAACUACAGUCAAAUUUUGUAGAUGUUAUGGUUUUAGAUGCAGCCAAACCAGCAUGGAAAGAUGGUUUGCACUUCGAUGCCAUUGUGACUGAUCCUCCGUAUGGAAUCAGAGAAGGAGCGCGGAAAGUCCUAUCCAAGAGUGAUGGUGCUUUUGCAAAGACUAGUCAAUACAAUUUAUCGAAAGUUUAUAAAGAUUUAUUAUCUUUUGCUGCCAAACAUUUGCGAAUGUACGGACGGCUGGUUUUUUGGUUACCGUUCCAUCGACCUAGCUACACCGAUGAAUUGAUCCCUAAACAUCCCUGUCUGACUGUUACGUCCAACUCCGAGCAAGUUUUAAAUUCCAAUAUUGCUCGACGACUAAUAACGAUGGAAAAAACAAAAACCUUUCAUAAUGUUAGGAUCUGA